AUGGGGGAGGAAGAGAUUAUUCCAAUUCACAAAGAGGAAGUUGAAGAAAAUCAUCAGCCAAAGAAUGGGAUCUAUAAUGCUGUUUGCACACCAGUUUAUUGGUUCAAAAUGCUCGCUUUGGAAUUACACUGGAGUUUUGUAUUUGGGGUAGUGAUUGUUUAUGGAAUCAGCCAAGGACUUGGGGGAGCUCUUGCUCGGGUGGGCACACAGUAUUACAUGAAGGAUGUGCAAAAAGUGCAACCUUCUGAGGCUCAGGUUUACUCUGGAAUCACUUCCAUUCCUUGGAUAGUUAAACCUUUAUGGGGUCUUCUCACUGAUGUUGUUCCCAUUUUGGGGUAUCGUCGGAGACCUUAUUUCCUUUUUGCUGGUUUUCUCGGUGUGAUCUCCAUGCUCUUCUUAUCAUUGCAUGAGAAGCUGCAUAUAAUACUUACGCUGAUGUCACUGACGGCAGCAAGUGCAAGUGUUGCCAUUGCUGAUGUGACUGUUGAUGCAUGUGUGGCACAGAACAGUAAUAACCAUCCAUCCCUUGCGGCCGACAUGCAAAGCUUAUGUGCAUUGAGUGCUUCAAUUGGGUCUCUCAUGGGUUUCACUUUAAGUGGUAUCUUUGUUCACUUAAUUGGUCCACAGGGGGUGUUUGGCUUGUUGACAAUACCAGCUGGACUUGUGUUGUUAGUUGGUGUUUUGCUUAAGGAAAAUCAGACAUCCAGCUUUGCACAUCAGCAGAUCAACCGGAAGUUUCUUGAUGCUGGUAAGGCUAUGUGGAAGACCUUGAAAUGCCCGGAAGUGUGGAGGCCGUGUUUAUACAUUAUCUCCGAAGGAAUGUUCUACUGGGCAACAGAUUCAAAGGCAGGCCCAUUAUUUUCUCAGGAAAUCAUUGGCUAUAUAAUGGCGAUUGGCUCCAUAGGCUCUCUAUUGGGAGCUAUACUAUAUCAGUAUGGAUUAAAGGAUUACCCAUUUCGUGAUCUACUUUUCUGGACUCAGAUACUAUUAUGUCUCUCGGGAAUGCUUGAUUUGCUACUGGUGCUACGUGUAAACUUAAAAAUCGGGAUACCAGACUUUUUCUUUGUGGUGAUUGAUGCAAGUGUUUCUUCCAUGAUCGGACGACUCAAAUGGAUGCCACUUCUUGUUCUAAGUUCGAAACUCUGUCCCCCGGGCAUUGAAGGAACCUUUUUUGCAUUGCUCAUGUCAAUUGAUAAUGCGGGACUUCUUACAUCAUCAUGGUUUGGAGGCUUGUUACUUCACAUUUUGAAGGUUACUAGGACACAAUUCGAUAACUUGUGGGUAGCCAUUUUGAUAAGGAAUAUAUUGAGGAUUAGCCCACUUUGUUUACUAUUUUUGGUGCCAAGAACCGAUCCCAGCUCUUCUAUUCUCCCCGGAGAAGUUAUGGAUUCAAAAGAGGUUGCUGAAACUUCAGCAUCUGAGAAUAUCGAGCUUGUUUCCCUCGUUAACAGCGGAGAUAGUAGAUAG